AUGUCGAUGGCAACUUUCAGUGGAAAACGGUACUUCGUGACAUUCAUUGAUGACAAGUCAAGAUACUGUGUCGUCUAUCUGCUCAAGAGCAAAUCUGAAGUUGCGGCGAAGUUCAUGGAAUACGCUGCGAUGGCCGAAACGCAAACCGGAAAGCGCGUGAAGUACCUUCAAAGCGACAAUGGGGGUGAAUACAAGUCCGACAAGCUGGCACGAUUCUGCGCGGAACGGGGAAUACAACAAAGGUUCACACCCCCAUAUACUCCUCAGCUAAACGGAGUAGCUGAGAGAAUGAAUCGCACUCUGGUCGAGUGUGCGCGUUGCAUGAUGGAACACGCUGGACUGGGAAAGAGCUACUGGGGUGAAGCAGUGAUGACGGCGAUGUUUCUUCGAAACCGCUGUCCAACACGUGCCAUUCACCAAGACAAGUCUCCAUAUCAAGUGUGGACGAUGAAGAAACCGAUUCUGGCCAACCUUAAAGUGUUUGGAUGCCACGCGUAUGUUCAAGUGCCUCAAGACAAACGCGCGAAGUUCGACUCCAAGUCAUCACUCUGUCGUUUCCUGGGAUACGCCGAACACCAGAAGUCAUAUCGAUUUGAGGAAGUGUCAACAGGAGCGAUCAAGAUCAGUCGCGAUGCCACAUUCAUGGAAGACAAGUUUGAUGAAGGUCCGCGCAACUACAACGAUGAGUCAAGUGUCGUUGAGUUUGAUGAUCAUGAUGAGGACGAAGAAAAAGAAGAAGGUAAAACUGACGACGACAUGGACUCGAGCGACGAUGACAACGAAGACACCAGGUCUUCGAAGAGCAACAUCAAGAGACACACGCGCACUCAAUCACUUGAGAAAGCUACCGUCAUCUCCAAGUCCCAAGCGAAGAACAUACAGAGGUCCGUCGCUUGA